AUGGUUAACAUUACACACAUCGUCGAGGCACGCAAGUCCGCCAACAAGCUGACUAUCCUUCAGCUCAGCAGGUUGUAUGAAGAGCCUCUGUCCUCCAUGGCCGAGUAUGGCUGCUACCGUAUCGAGAUGCGCAAGCACAUCAAUACAAACAGUAUGAAGAUCGGACAGAUGAACAACGCGCUCAUUCAAGUGACCAAGGAAUACUACAUGGAGUAUCUCCCCUGUGUCUACCAGGCUGACUCUAACGAGCUCAGGGUCAUCAUCGACCUCCUCUCCGAUUUCAUUCAUGUUUUCGAAAUGGCUCGUAAUGAGAUCGAGGUCUUGGCAGAGGAGAUCGUGGAGCUGGACGCGGCCCUGAACAGCACCGGACUGAUGUACUAG